GGCGGGGAGGCCGUGGGGGGAGACCCCAGCCCGGCCCCACUGCCCUCCUUGCCCUCCCUGCGCCCAGGAGCGGGUGAAAUUAAAUGGCGGCCGGCACGUCCAGGGGAUAUUACGGGGGUUUGAUCCCUUCAUGAACCUCGUCAUCGAUGAGUGCGUGGAGAUGGCGCCAGGAGGACAGCAGAACAACAUCGGCAUGGUGGUAAUACGAGGAAACAGCAUCAUUAUGCUGGAAGCCUUGGAACGAGUAUAGCAUCGGAGAGAAACCUGCUUUGUUACCAGCCCUGACAAGACCUACCCUAAUAUUUCUUUUUUUUUUUACUCGAAUCUGCUACAAAGCCCUCCUGAGCAUAAACUUAUUUGUUUUGUUAAA